UUUGAUUCUCAAAUAGGUUUUAUAUAAAUCUUGUUAAAGAUAAAAAAAAUAACCACUAAAAAAUUUAAAAAUGCCGCGAAAUUUUUGAAAGUUGCGCAGCGAUGUACUUAUAAUGCUGUGUCUCGCGUCUUUAUUACGAUGGAGGGGAUUCUCCAGUACCUGCCUCUUCUAAUCAUUUCUAUCAAGACGAAGUUCUACUGACUGCUGAAUUUUAAUUACCAUUAAAUAUAACCAUCAUUAUUCCUCUGGUAUAUUAUUAUUUAUCGAUGCUAUUUUGUUAUAACUAAAUACUUUGCACAUAUUCUAUCAAUCAUGGUUACAGCUGAAGAAUUUUUAAAUGAUGCGAUUUAUGCAAUCGUCGCAUUUGAUGAAUAUGAUCAUCAUCAAAAAAAAUUGAUCGAACUUGUUCCAAGAUCGUGGAUUACGAUUGACGAGGAAGAUAACUGCACUUGUCGUUAUCCACCUACUUCAAUGGCACAAGCUUAUAUGACCCAAUGGCUCAAAAAUCUUAAAGAGCCAGAAGACACAUGGUCAUCUCAUACUGUUGAAAUUAUCUCUAAAGCAAACAAUUAUACCAAAGGAUUACGCAGACUUUACCGGGCAUUUACAACCGCUCAAGCUGCGAGCGAUUUUGAUGAUAUAUACCAACCGGAAUUGCGAAAUGAUACAGUUCAUAGGGAAAUUCAACAAAUGUUUGAUGAAACAUCUUCGAUAAUAGUGACCGAACAAUUACCUCAAGGCAACAGUGGUUCACCAGAAACUUCAACAAGCAAUCAAAAUCAAACACAUCAUGUUAAUGAACAUUCUCGGAAAGCUAAAAAGCGAAAAGCCAGCUCUGAUGGUCUAAAUCCUACAGUAAUUGAAAAUAAUACAAAAGAAAAAAGCUCGUCGAAAAUAGACGAUAAGCUAACGGAAUUGAAAAACAGCAUGACUUCCAAACAAAAAAUUAUGGCUGAGUAUGUCGAUUUAAAAUUUGAGAUAAUGGAAAAAAAAAUCACGAAUGCGAAGCGCAGCAUUCUUUAUGACCUAAAAAAUAGAACUCGUGAUAAUGUAAGCACCUCUAAUCAACCAACAUCAACUGCCAAAACAGUUGAUAACUCUUGGAAAGAAAAAAUUAAUAUUGAGUUACCGAUAAAAGACGCUGAAACAUUUUCAACAUUUGAUGAUGAGUUGAAAGUAAAUCUUGAAAAACAAGCAGCCCUUAAGACUAUGUAUCAAAUUUUAACAGACGGCUCAAACUAUGAGAAAGCCAUUAAAAUGAUAAUGUCUGAAAUGAUUUCAAAAGAAGUCCAACUAUUAUAUAGCGGUGCUGGACGGAUCACAAAAAAAGGGGGAAAAUUAAAUUUUAGUACAACUAAUACUUUUACUUUAAUUGAAGAUUUUAUUAAAGAAAAGUAUGGAAAUGAAAACCGUCAAUUUAAAGUAUUAACAAUAGUCAGUACUUUUCUUUCGGGUGCAGGCGAUCGUGAUGGUGGAAGAAUAUCGCGUUCAAAGAAUUAAUAGCAUAUAUUUAUUACAUUUGAUUAUUUUUACUUUUUUAAAACAUUAAUUCUAAUUAUAGUUCUUAAUGUUUAUCAACAUAUCAGCAUCCAAUAUUUUUAUAAUUUG